GAGCACUUUGCCGCACCAUCCGGCAAACAAGAAAAACCUUGGAGAAGUAGAAGAAGAGUAUACAGAGUGACGAGAACAACCACCGUCGUCGGAUACAAACAUCCAUGGACUCCCAGUCAAUACGUACGUUCGACUUCGGCGUUUGAACGCGGAUCCAUGGACGAAAAGUAUGGAAUCCACUCGUAUGCCCCGUCUUGCUCGCCAUGCCCGCUCCUAUAAAUAGAAGCGCCGGCAGCAUGGUUGCUACGUGCUUAGUAGCUCGUAAACCAUUGCAUUGCAAGAAGAAGCAAGCAACUAAUUAUAUAGCUUAGCUUAAUGGCGUCGACUCACAGCUCGCGCCGCCUCGACGGCACACUGUUUGCGCUUCUGCUCGUGCUUGCGGCCGCCACCGCCUUUGUCAGUGCUGCCGCGGCGCGAGGGGACGCGCUGGCCGCCCGGCACGAGCGGUGGAUGGCCAAGUUCGGGCGCGAGUACACGGACGCUGCCGAGAAAUUACGCCGGCAGGAGGUGUUCGCGGCCAACGCGCGGCACGUCGAGGCUGUCAAUCGAGCGGGCAACCGGACAUACACGCUCGGCCUCAAUCAGUUCUCGGACCUCACCAGCGAAGAGUUCGCGGAGAAGCACCUCGGGUACCGCCACCAGCACGGCGUGGACAGCACGCCGGUGGCCGCGGUGAACAUGUCCAAUGCUCAGUUCGACUCCACGCCGGACAGCGUGGACUGGAGGGCCGCGGGUGCCGUCACCCAAGUCAAGAACCAAGGCUCAUGCGGUUGUUGCUGGGCGUUCGCGGCGGUAGCGGCGACGGAGGGGCUCGUAAAGAUAGCCACUGGCAACCUCAUCUCCAUGUCAGAGCAGCAGGUGCUGGACUGCACGGGCGGCGCCAACUCCUGCAACGGCGGCGACAUCAACGCCGCCCUAAGCUACGUCGCCUCGAGCGGCGGCCUUCAGCCAGAGGAAUCCUACGCGUAUACCGGCCAGCAGGGCGCGUGCCGCAGCAGCAGCGUCAGCCCAAACUCGGCCGCCUCCAUCGGCGCCCCCCGAAUGGUGGAACUGCACGGCGACGAGGGCACCUUGCAGGAGCUCGCGGCCAGACAGCCGGUGGCCGUGCCCGUGGAGGCUGACCGUGACUUCCAGCACUAUAUGAGGGGCGUGUACACCGGCAGCUCGUCGUGUGGACAGAACCUGAACCACGGCGUGACGGUGGUGGGCUACGGGACGGACAGCGGCGGGCAGGCGUACUGGAUGGUGAAGAACCAGUGGGGGACGGGGUGGGGCGAGGGGGGCUACAUGCGCCUCACGCGCGGGAACGGCGGCAACUGCGGCAUGGCCACCUACGCCUACUACCCGACCAUGGACGGCUCUUAAACACCACUACUACUGUACAUCAGUCGGUCCAUGCAUCAUCGAGUACUAUAGUUUAUCAGCACCAUGCAGUAUAUACUGAUUUACUUUCUGAAUAAAGCAUGGAUCCUUGUAAAAAAGAUCCAUUUGCCUAUGUAAUACCACAAAUUUGUAAGCUUGUACUAUAUGAAAAUAAACAUUUGUACUACAUCAGUCCAUCCAGCAUCGAGUAUUGGUUUAUCAGCUAGCUACACUAUGAUGUAUAUGUGGAUUUCGAAUCUUUUUGGAAAAGAAGUGGAUUUUGAAUAAUGAACAUUGAACGCAUGCAUGGAUCCUCGUACGAAAGAUGCAUUCGCCUACGUAAUAGUAUGAACUUGGAAGAAUCUCUAUGAAAAUAAAAUUUUCUGAUUCAAUCGAACACACAUUCUUAAUGUUCUUCCCAUGUCCCGCCUUUUCGUCUUUUUCAGGCACGUUCUUCUUCCUCUCACGACCCAACACAAAUCUUCAUUAUCUAUAUUCUUGUCCUUUUACUUCAUUACAGGAGCCAUAUUUUUUUAUCAAAAACAGUAGGAUAUGCUACCUUAAAAUAUUAUCAUCUAUAACACUAAACUCCCUAAUUUUAUAGAGCCCACAUUCAAUUGAGGUCUGCAAUUAGAAUUGGGUCAUCCGAUUUUAACCAGGUCAACAAUUUCUCAGAACUAUCUUAUUCGAUUCUUUAAUACUAUACACUAUCUUUUCUAAUUUUAAGACAUCAUAAUUAAUUGAGGUCUUUCAUUUUGAAUUGGGUCUACCGAUUUUGACCGGGUCAACAAUUUAUCGGAGAGCUCACCUAUUCAAUUCUUAAAUCACUAUGUUCCUUAAUUUUAAAGUUCUUUCACUGAAUUGAGGUAUUCAAUUUCAGACUUGGUUUACAAUUUUGACAGUGUCAACGAUUAUUUAGAUCAAUCAUCAGCAACCUGCAUAUAAAAACAUAUCAAUCCCGUGCACCCUCCCACCAUCUAGAAAAAAGAGGCGCCACUAUGUGAUAAUGUAGCCCCAAUAUAGUACAUGAAACCACCUGAUGAGGACCUUUGCCUCUAUCACCACCGGCGUGGAAAUUUCCUCACAUAAAUAUAGGUUAGCUAGUGGAUAACACAGAAUCACACCGCGGAAAGCCCACCAAAUCACAACAUUAUUAAA